AUGUUUUAUAACACAUUUGGGCCGUAUAAAAACUGCGAAUGCGGACUGGUGACCUUGGGAACGGGAGAGAGCUGCCGCCCGAUCCCCCUCACGAGAGUGUCGGUCGACGUCACCUGGUUGGAUUUAGGCGUUCUCGUCACGAUCGCCCAAACUUUCAGAAACGACGAGACCAAGUCCCUGGAAAUCCAAUACGUGUUCCCCAUCGAUGACCGAGCCUCAAUAUGCGCAUUCGAGGCCGAGAUCGAGGGAAGAAAGGUGAAGGGAGAAGCGAGGGACACGGAAGAAGCUCGAGAGAUCUACCGCCGCUCCGUCGAACGAGGCUGGUCCGCGUCCCUCACAGAAGACACCAAGCCAGACGUCCUCCUGGCCCGACUCGGGAGCUUGCCGCCCGGGAGCGUCGCCUCCAUCGCUCUGUCCUACGUCACCGAGGCGACGGUGGAAAGGGAUGCACUCCGCUUCUCCCUGCCGACCACGGUCGCACCCAUGUGCAUUCCCCCGAGUGACUCCAGCGAGGCGGCCGGCGUCGUCGGGACCACGGAGUACUCUCUCUUCUCGCCUUGCCCUCUGGAAGUCUGGGUUCGCAUCGAUACGAUGAGUCAAAUACUGUCCCUCAACAGCCCGACUCAUCAAAUCACCGUCACCGCUAAAAACGAGUACGUCUCUCGCAGCAAGCACUUCGAGACGAAAGUGCGUCUCGCCGGAAGGUCCACACACAUGAGAAGGGAUUUCGUUCUCCUGCUUCAGACGGCACACCGUCACGAACCGAGAUUGAUCUUGGAGAGGAGCCCCGCGGGCACGUUCGCUGCCACGAUCUCCUUCGUCCCGCGUUUCUUGCUGCCCCCCUUCAAAUGCGAAUUCCUGUUCGUCAUCGAUAGGAGCUGUUCCAUGGCCGGGGACAAGAUGGAGAAGGCGAAAGACGCCUUGAAACUCUUUCUCGAAUCCUUGCCGACGGAUUCGUACUUCAACGUCAUCGGCUUCGGUUUCAGGUCCACGUCCCUGUGGGAUCGAAGCAAGGAGUGCGACGAAAGGAACCUGAAGAAGGCGAUCGCCCUCGUCGAAGAAAUGCAGGCAGACCACGGGGACACGGACGCGUACGAGCCGCUCUCCACCGUGUUCCACCAGCCGUUCCUCCGCGAUCGCAGUCGACAGAUCGUCGUCCUGACCGACGGGGAAGCGAGCGACGGUGCGGAGAAAGUCGUCUCACUGGUGAGCAAAAAUUGUAAGAACGAGCACGAAACGAGAGUUUUCGCAUUAGGGCUCGGAAACGACGCGAGUCGUCGCCUCGUGAACGGGAUCGCAAAGGCAGGGAAAGGGCAAGCUCUUUUUGCAAGCCAAAAGGAGAGCCUCCGCGAUCAAGUGCAGGAACUGCUGAAGAACGCGAUGAGACCCGCACUUUCCUCGGUCGAGAUAACUUGGGCUUCUCCCGACGAUUCCGCUUCGUCUGCACCGCCGAGGCAAGUCGAAGAAGGCGACGAUCGCGAAGGGAAGGAAUCGUGGAUCGGCGCGAAGGAUCUGCCCUGCGUCUUCGAUGGCACUUCCUUCUCCGCGUAUUGCAUCUACGACGCUCCCUCGGCGAUCCCCGGUUCGAUCACGGCGUCUGCAGACUCUCCGGCCGGUCCCUUGUCCAUCGCCUUCCCCGUCGUCCGGGAGGAAGCCCUGGCGGGGACGCUCGUCCACACUCUGGCGGCGAGGUCCAUACUCGGCGAGAUCGAAGGGGAGUCCCGCGUGCAUGGAAGGGCGGUCGAGCUGGGAACGAAAUACAAUUUGGCAUCCAGAGUCACGUCGUUCGUCGCCGUCGAUGACGAUGGGGAGAUACAGGCGAAGAAACCCAUUUUCGUAACCGGUUCGAACACGAUUCCGUUCGGGUGUCACUCGUUGGGCGAGUCCGGAAUGACGCUCGCGAGUUUUGACAGAGACACCGGGAGAUGUAAGAAUCACUCGAUUCGAGGAUUCGGGAAAAAAUACCUCCUUGAAGUUCUCGCUUGCUUCAUAUGUUUCCCCAUAUUCCUUCCCAUAUACCUGUGCCGAUGGCUAUGGAGGAAGAUGACUCGUCGACACGAAGUCUCAUCGCCGAACCGAGACGCCUGCGAGGACCCCGCAGCGGAACCCACGGAACGCAGCCCUUUCCUUCGAUCACGCCCAGAAAUCCCCGUGAUAAUCACCUUCGACGAGGAGACCGACGAAGACAGAUUGAAGGCACUCGCCAGUCUCCAACGCUUCGACGGCUCCUUCCCGCUGAACCAGGAACUUCUGACCCUCCUCCGUCUGCACGAAGAGGAAGUGUGGAAGGAAAGAGAAGAGACGCAGCUUGGGGACUCCGAGCUCGCCACUGCGUUGGCCGUGUCCUUCAUGCAAACGAGGCUCUCCCCUUUAGAGAAUCGCUGGGAGCUCGUCGCGAAAAAGAGUCUUCUCUGGCUGGAAGAAAUGGAAUCCUCCUCAUUAAUCGAGAGGAGCAAGCGUCUCCUCCAGACUUCGAUGGGAGGGGGCCCUUCUAAAGACACCAAACCGGACGUCCUACUGGACCGACUCGGGAGCUUACCGCCCGGGAGCGUCGCCUCCAUCGCUCUGUCCUACGUCAUCGAGGCGACGGUGGAAGGGGAUGCACUCCGCUUCUCCCUGCCGACCACGGUCGCACCCAGGUGCAUUCCCCCGAGUGACUCCAGCGAGGCGGCUUGGUGUGCAUGA